ACUUCCAUACGGCAGCAUGGCGCUGUUGAGCUUCACUUCCCUCGACUAACGGAGCUGUAGUGCUGUCAUCCUGACAGAUACACUGUCAGCUGAAGUAAUACAUCGUAUUUAUACAGCAAACCAAAAACAGAUGUCGGGAGGCGUGAGAAAGAGGUUCGCGGAAGGUUACAUUAGUCUGUUAGUGUGGUAAAGGUUAUUUAGCGGUAGCUGGCUUUGUUUACAUUGCUAGUUCGGUUCAAGCAGCUUUCAUAGAGGGUUUAUAGCAGCAUAUAGACGCUGUUAGACUGUUAGAGACAUCAUCUCAGCGGCCUGGCUCAUCAUAGGUGCUCAGUUUUACUCUCAUUUGGCUGAAAGGAGUUUUAUUUGUGCCCGUGCUUCGUUAAACAUCAGUAUGGGGAUGUGUUUACCUUGUCUGAGUGGAGCUAAGGAUGAUGUAGUAGUCACACCGGACCCUGAGACGAGGAGAAGACAGCUAGCGGAGGCUGCAGAGAAGAGACAGAAAGAGACCGCCUACAGAGGUAUCAAAGACCCCGAAGCCUUGGAGAGGAAAAAGAAGAAACAAGAAGAGACAGAGAAACAGACCAUGAACUCUGUACCUUCUGGAGGCGGUGGGCUAAAGUGGCAGGUUGGCUAACACAGGCUAAAGGGAAGAUCGCUGGUGUGUUUACAUCGGGGGUCAGCCUUCAUCUGCAGUUAUUUCCCGCUGACUUGAGAGAUUCUUAAAACUCUUCAUUCUUUCGGUUCUUAUUUUGAAGUGUACACUAGCCAGGGGAGUUUGCAUAGAGACUAGAAUUUUUGCCGAGCUCCUGCACAAAACUCCUCAUCCUCCAGGCCUUCUGAUUGGCCAGAGUGCAUUUAGGCCACCCCCCACCCCCCACAAACACACACACACACACACACAACCUGUUCAGUUUGUGUUCAUGCAUCAUUUCAGACACGCAGCUUUUGUACCGAUGUGCUUUCUAUUUUGAACAUUAAUGGAAUCCUCAAAUCUGAGAUCUGAAUGUCAUUUUAAUACACAUUUAUACAACUGAAAAGCAUGUUUUAUAUUGGAUUUUGGAUAAUUUAAUACAUAUUUAGGCAUUUAUAUUUAUGCAUCAGUUACCAGUGCAUUUUGCGAUUGGUCAGGACUUGAAGUAUAAUAAUAAUGGAUAUUAUGUCAGUUAGCACUUUCACUGCCUGUUGAUUGUACGACUUGCUGUUCUUAUGAACCAAAUUGAAUGUGCAUCACUUUAUCUCAUGAGACGCAUUGAUUUCUCACCCUUUUCCGAAGGGCUUUGGUUGUCUUCAGUUAAGAAAAUCUUAACUUACUGCAUUCAAACGCAACAUCCAUGUGUCUGGGCCAUGCAGCAGUGGCAUGUGCACUAGCAGCCUGAGCUAUAGUGGUUAGUGUGGAAUAUAUUGUAUCUAUAGAAACUCAUCAUAUCGCCUUUAAUGCAUUUCUUUUAUUAUUAUUAUUAUUAUGCUCAUGAGUUGUUACCUCUUCCUACAGCAACUCACUCACUGUUUGUGGCAGGGAAACUGAAAUAUCUUCCCAGGUUUCAUUCAGAAUGGGUUAUCAACAUCAGACACUGUAUAACAAUAAUAUAACAAAUCAGACAAAGUAUUGCAAUGUUUACCAGUAGAGGGCAGCGGGACACAUUCGGAUCAGGAACUGUUUUAGAAGCACAUCUGCGAAGAGUCAUUGCUUAAAUAAAGAUUGUGUUUGAUUGAACAACCAAGCAUUUGUUCACUGAAAAAUCUCCUUUGCCUUGUAACUGAUGAACUCUGGCCUCUUCAGUGCACUAUUAUUAUACUGCAAAUAACACACACAGUGCUCACUUUAUUAGUUACACCUCGAUUCAGCAAAGUGCUGGGAAAAAAAUCCUUACAAAUUCUGGAGCUCACACUGAAGUGAUGUUACGAGUUUUCUUUUCUUUGCUGACUUCCAGAGAUUGAUGUGAUGUUCAUCCAGACAUGUUCUUCUGCUUUACACUGUUGUGAUCCAAGGUCAAGCCAUUCUCCCUUGACCUUAUACAGAACUGUGGCUCACUGGAUGGUCCCAGGAGAUCAGCAGUUUCUCAUAUUCCAACCACUAUUCUACUGUCAUAGUCGCUUCCAUCACAUGUCAUCCUGUUCUGAUGUUUGGCAUGAACAGUGUUGGGGAAAGUU